GUUGACGUACCAGAAUGCGUCCUACUUGUGCCAAAAUCAUGCUAUGAAGACUUUCAGCCUCCUGAAGACAUGCCCAUGCUAUCAGAGUGGAGGGCCAUUCAAGCUCUAUCUCCAGCCAUGGCGGAAAGCGCUCAAAAUUUCUCUGAGAUUCAGUUGGACGAAUUUGCAAUAUAUCUCGACAAGGACAAAUUUCCAGACGAGAUGCGAUCUUUACACCAUCUGAGUACCAAAAUCGGACACAGUUGUUUCUACUUUGAUGGCAUUCUCAGUAUUGGCGACACCAGAGUUUAUGUGCGCCGCGUCCCGGUAGUUGCUGUUCCUAUUGGUAACUACGGUUCAAUUUCGAGACACACUGUCCGAGACAACAUUUGGCUGCAAUCUCCAAUAAGUUAUAAAAAGGAGUUAUUCUACAAACUCGGGAAGCCGGCAAAGGAAUAUGAACGAUUUUUUUACCCCUUUCUGUGGGUGGCAGAUUUGGCGAAACAUUUUGUGGACUUUCUUUGCAUAAUGGGGGAAAACAAACGCAGUGUCUCCAUUCAUCAUUUUCGAUCAACUUUCGUCGCAUGGCUGAAGAAGAGCCACAAGCAAUCACCAGAGUUUCUCGAGUGGCUAAAUCAACACCCGAGCGAUGACUACCGGACUUCGAUAGCCGCAAACAUAGGAUUUCUUCACAAGGAGGCUUUGGGAGUAUUAGACCAUCAUAAGGCUUACUCUCAUGCCAUUUGGGACGAAAUUUGGGAGUUUCAGUCUUUCAAGAGUCAGCCCAAGAUCGUGGACCCCCCCACGAUUGUCACCCAAUAUAUUUACGACUGUUUCAAACACCUUCCAUUUGGCGAUCGCCUUCAGGUUGUCCCUUUGAGCCCGAAGACCAAGUCUCUUCGCAAUAGCUUAAUCCGACAAAGGCGUCUAGAGCUCCCCUCAGAAAUACACAAGUCAACUAAGACACUCUCCAAGGCUAUGCGGGAGCGUAUUGCGAGAAUUCGACCAGGAGACACCAUUUCAACUCCUCGCGAUGAUGUGGAAUCCGGCACAUUGUGGGAACGAGAGUCAUCCAAAGGAUUCUCCGACGUGGAUCGAUGGUUUGCACUAGUCCAAUCUGUUCAUGUCAACAAAAGGGGGGCGCGUACGUUUGAUGUGAUUUGGUAUUACCGACCUGUGGACACCCUCUGUGGCUUGAUGAAGUAUCCAUGGAAUAAUGAGCUCUUCCUCUCAGACCACUGUUCUUGCUCGGAGGCGUCCAAGAUUGACGAAAGCGAAGUCCUUGGUGUUCAUGAUGUUGAUUUCUGGGGUACGUCCGCGACAAGCGCAGAGCUCUUCUGUCGGCAAACCUAUCUCCAAGGAGAGAGGAGAUGGGUUACGCUGGACGAAAGCCACUUGCAAUGCUGCCAUACUUCGCUACUGCCGAAUCGAAAUAAGUCGUUCAAAUGCCAACCGGGAAAUACAUAUUUACUUCAUUUGGACUUGAAAAGCUCCUUUUCGGAACCUUGUGAACUUGUGAGUUCAGUUAGAGAAGGUGGCCAAAGACGUUAUCGAUUCAGGAGACUUUUGCGCCGCCAGCAAGUUGACCCAAACGCUCGGGAUGCUCGACCAAACGAGCUCGUAUACAGCGAACAAUUUUGCAAGGUCAGCAGGGAUCAAAUCAUGGGUCCAUGCUCUGUGAGAUUCUUUAGAGAUGGCGAUAGAAUUCCUACGCCGUAUGACCGUGACGGCACAGGAAACCUCUUUUACAUCACUCAUCAACAAAUAGUCGCCGGUGGAUUCUCGGUGUAUGAGCCAAUAAAAGUAGCACCAACUUCCUUGAAUCAAGGGUACGAUCCCCUUCAGCAGCUGCAAAAGCUCCGUGGAAUUGAUCUGUUCUGUGGCGGAGGCAAUUUUGGCAGGGGACUAGAGGACGGUGGAGGUAUCAAAAUGAAAUGGGCAAACGACUAUGACAGCAAAGCAAUUCACACCUAUAUGGCAAAUGUGAGCAAGCCCGGAGAUGUUCACCCAUUCCUCGGCUCGAUCGACGAUUUACAACACUUUGCCAUUCGUGGUCAAUUUGCGGACAACGUGCCACGUAUUGGAGACGUUGACUUUGUGUCUGGUGGAAGCCCCUGUCCUGGCUUCUCUAUUCUAACCAACGACAAGACGACGGCAGCACAACGCAAGAACCAGUCUCUUGUUGCAGCUUUCGCCUCUUUUGUGGAUCUUUAUCGGCCAAAAUAUGGCGUUCUGGAGAAUGUGCCAGGGAUGAUUCAUAAGAAAGAGAGCCGAGAUCAGGAUGUCUUCAGCCAGCUCAUUUGCUCCCUAGUUGGCCUAGGCUACCAGACACAGUUUUUCUUCUUGGAUGCAUCGUCCUGCGGGUCACCGCAGCGCAGAUCUCGCAUAUUUGUUAUCUUUGCUGCUCCAGGGCUUGAACUGCCAAAGAAGCCGGUGCAAACGCACUCACAUCCUCCUAAAACACGAGAGCUUGGAAUUGGAUGGCUGCCCAAUGGCCAGCACAUGGCAACCCGAGAGAUGCCUGCAGCAACACCGUUCAAGUACAUAUCAGCAGAAGAAGCGGCAGCCGAUCUACCGCCUAUUCACGAUGCCAAGCCUGAUAUAUGUGUUCCUUAUCCUGAUCACCGCUCAACCUCGGGAUUGACAAAGAUGAUGCGAGCUCGAAUCUCGGUCAUCCCUGUUCGGCCGUGGGGAAUGAGCUUUGCGCAAGCUUGGUACGGAGACAACAAGGCAGAAGGCGGUUCAGGUACAAUGACGGCAGCUGAGCGUGAGCUGUUCACUGGGACGAAUGGAGUGAGAGACACAUCAAAACUGCCAUUGUCGGUGCAGCCCCAGUCGCGCGCAUAUGGAAGAAUGUUCCCGAAUAAGCUGUUUGACACAAUCACGACGAGGCCGACGACCAACGAUGCAAAGAAUGGGCGAUUACUACAUUGGCGAGAAAACAGGCUUAUAAGCAUCAUGGAAGCACGCAGAGCCCAGGGUUUCCGCGACGAAGAGGUUCUACUUGGGGAUCCGGUAAACCAGUAUCGAAUUGUGGGCAACAGCGUUGCGAGACAGAUUGCUGUUGCCCUUGGCGUCACGUUCCGCGAAGCUUGGGUGGCGAGUCUG